UAGAAAAGGAAAGAAGGAAGGAUGUGCCUCCUAUCUGGGAACGUCAAAGCUCGGGAAUUAAACCUCUUAGCUAAUCCGUGAAACAAAUUCAACUAGAGAGCUUUGCCGUCAAACGAAGUUGCUGGCUCCAAGAGCUGUUUCCGGCGCCUCCGCCACCAUAACUGUCCAAUUGCAUCUUGCUUCAUAGUUCUUGAGACGGGUUCAUAACUUCUCGGUUUCCAACUCUUGAAAGAAAAGAGUCCAAAGGCAUUAGGGGAGCAGUGAAACGUGAAAUGGGUACUGGACGAAUGGCUUUUAUGAUGGUGCUCCUGGGAGUUUUUGUACUUCAUGGAUUGGCUAUAUAUUUAUUCACAAAAGGCUUUCUUCUCACCCGCACAGAGCUUUCACAAUACAGCCAGUGCUCUGAUAUCCACAAUUCACCCUGCUUUCAACCUCCUUCAUCUUUUAUCAAUCGAAAGAAAGAAGAACAUGAAGAAACGACCAAACAUUCUCCCCAUGUUAAUAAUCAAAGCCAAAGUUGUUGGACCAAGCAAUCUGUUGACCGCCUCGUCAUCAUCGUUCUUGAUGCUCUCAGGUUUGACUUUGUUGCUCCCAGCACAUUUUUUCAGGAGAAGAAACCAUGGAUGGACAAAUUACAUGUGUUGCAUAAGCUCGCCACUCGGCCUGGAUCAUCUGCUAGGAUCUUUAAAGCUAUAGCAGAUCCACCUACUACCAGUUUGCAGCGGCUAAAGGGCUUGACAACGGGUGGACUUCCUACUUUUAUUGAUGUGGGAAAUAGCUUUGGUGCUCCUGCAAUUAUAGAGGAUAAUUUGAUAUAUCAGAUGGUUCAUAAUGAAAAGCGAGUGUUGAUGAUGGGAGAUGACACUUGGUUGCAGUUGUUUCCUAAACAUUUUAACAGAUCGUAUCCGUUCCCUUCCUUCAAUGUCAAAGAUCUUCAUACGGGUGUCGGGUUGAGCAUUGAAAAAGAUGCUUUCUAGCUGGAUAUUCAUCAUUCAUAUCUGCCAGGUUGACAAUGGAUGCAUCGAGCACCUAUUUCCAUCUUUGCACAAAAAUGAUUGGGAUGUGCUUAUUGCACAUUUUCUUGGAGUGGAUCAUGCUGGACAUAUAUCAGGUGUUGAUUCUACUCAAAUGAUAGAGAAGUUGGAACAAUACAAUGGGAUUCUCGAGAAAAUAGUAGAUGUGCUGGAGGGCCAGAGUGGACCAGGAGGGUUACAUGAAAACACUUUGCUUCUUGUGAUGGGUGAUCAUGGGCAAACUGUCAAUGGUGAUCAUGGUGGGGGGACUGCUGAAGAGGUUGAGACAUCACUUUUUGCCAUGAGUUUAAAGAAGCCUCCAUCUCCUUUACCAUUGGAAUCUGGUCCUUCAUCUUGCAAUGUUGACUUGGAUGGAAACAAGAUGUGCAUUAGCUCCAUCCAACAGCUUGAUUUCGCAGUUACAUUGUCAGCUCUUCUUGGUGUUCCCUAUCCAUUUGGAAGCAUUGGACAAGUUAAUGCUGAACUCUAUGCAUUAGCAGCUGGCACUUGGAAUUUAGAUAGUUUUGGUAAUGGUAAUGGUCAAAAUCAAUUGGAGAGGUGGAUGCAGAAUUAUGUCAACGCACUUUGCAUCAAUGCAUGGCAGGUUAAGAAUUAUAUUGAUGUGUAUUCAGACUCAUCACUUAUUGGGUUUUCAGACAAAGAUUUGUCCCAUAUUACUGACCUUUAUGAUCUGGCACAAGACAUGUGGUCACAUACCAAAGAUGCUCUGGUACAAUGUCAAAAUGGGAAUAGCUCUACAUCAUUAACGAUACUGAAGAAGCAAAUUUAUGCUUAUUCUAACCUUUUGGAUAAUAUUAAAACUCUUGGUCGAUCGAAAUGGACAGAAUUUAAUUUAACGGUGAUGGGUGCUGGUUUUGCCUUGAUGUUGCUUUCUCUUCUUUUCCAUGUUAUCUUCAUCAAGAAGUUGGACAAGACAUAUGUAUUGCAUUUUCCUUACUGUGGCAAAUUUUUGAUAUCUUUGGAGGUUCCUUUUGCUUAUAUUACAGUCUUGAUCCGGGCAUUUAGCUUUCUCUCGAACAGUUUCAUUUUGGAAGAAGGAAAAGUCGCUAUUUUUCUUUUAGCAACAACUGGAACUAUUCAGUUACGCCGAGCAAUAGCUGCAAAUAAACUGCAAUCAGAAGCUCUAGUUUUUCUUGUCCUGGUCCCCUUCCUCAGAUUUGGAAUCGAAAUAGGACAGUCAAAGCAGGCAGUCAAUUCUUUAUUUUUAAAAACAUUUCCUUCAUGGACUCUAGCAGUAGAAAAAGAUUCUGUGUUCUGGAUUUAUGGGGCUGAUCUCUUACCAAUAGUAGCUCUUAUACUUCUAGCACUUAUGGUGCACAAGAGUGCAUCUCAAGGCAUCUCGAAGUAUAUUGUUGCAGGAACUAUAUGCAGCUACGUUCUUACAGCCUUAACUUGGAUUACAGAUAGUAACAUGUUUGGUUUAAGUGUUAUAAUUGACAGCGGUAAAGCAAAUCGGAUUUCCCGAAUAGUAUAUCUAUUGGGUAUUAUGCAAAUUCUAUUUUUGGCGAUCAGCCGAUUUUCUAGUAAAGAAGGAACUUCAGACCGGGAUAGAUGCAAAAUUGAUGCAUUGUCUAUGUUAUUCGCUUGGAGUUCAAUCAUCAUCAUUCUGUCAGGAAAACAAGGUCCUUUGGUUGCUUUAGUAGCUGUGGUUGAAGGUUGGUGCAUACUAAGGCUAGCAAGAUUAGAGCAGAGAGAUCUGGGUUCAACAUUGCAUUGUCUUCCAGUGAUUCAAUGGAGCAUAUUAGCUGCAUGCCUCUUUUUCUGUACUGGUCACUGGUGUACAUUUGAUGGGCUCCGGUAUCCUGCGGCUUUUAUUGGGUUUGAUGAAUUCAACCUUGUUCGUCAAGCUGUUCUUCUGACUAUUGAUACAUUCGGCUUUUCUCAUAUUCUUCCGAUUAUUGGACUUCCAUUUCUUGUCGCCUACCAAAAUCCUGUGAAGAAUACCAAUCAAUAUUUUUACACGGUCUUGUUACAAGUAUAUUUAAUGUAUGGACUUGCUAUGGCUACAACUGCAACCCUCACUAUCUUAUCUGCCACAAUACAGAGACGGCAUUUGAUGGUGUGGGGAUUAUUUGCUCCAAAAUUUGUUUUCGAUGCAGUUGGUCUUCUUCUGAAUGACUUCCUAAUAUGCCUAACAUCACUCUACUAUUUGUCUAACUGAACAUCAACUUAACAAAAUCUACUUGGAAGCAGAAGUGUUUGAAUGGCUGCAAAUUUUCAUGUUACUCUCUUGGUUUGGGAGUCUAGAUUCCCCGUCCAGUUUGAUGCUUGCCUUUUUUGUGCUGCCGAUUGGUUAUCAGUUGGAUGCUGCAACAUUUGGCUCUUAGGAGUCUUAGUUGAACUGGAUUGAGAAUUAGAUGCUGCAUAAAAUACAGAAGAAUCUCACCCGUACACACAAGGAGGCUUCAAAUAGUCAACUUAUGGGGUGGAGAAACGAGUCCGACAAACUAAUCGGAAUGCAGUACCAAAUAUUAGUCAUAUUCUAAAAAUGAGUAUCCCCAUGAAAUAUUGAUCGAGAGAUGUAUUAUCUAUGGUUCCACUGUAUCUUACCUGUCCACUAUAUUUCUCACUGUUACAUCUGCACUCUGCGGUCAACUAAUGCUUUCAUUUAUCUUUUGUGCAACUUUCUGUAGCCGUUCUUUGAGCUUGGGAAAACUUGUUCACAAAUUGCUCAUCCUCAUGGGGAACGUAGAUUUAUAAAAUCUCUUGCACCUGUUGACACAAAUUAAUGCCAGAAAUUAUAGCCUUAGAA